GUGCCUCAGCUUCCGGCUCGAGUUCUCUCUUCUCUCACAUACGCUUCGCCAUGUCCGAGACUGCGCCUGCCGCGCCCGCCGCACCGGCCCCCGCCGAGAAGACACCCGUAAAGAAGAAGGCACGGAAGGCCGCAGGUGGCGCGAAGCGCAAGGCGUCCGGCCCCCCGGUGUCCGAGCUCAUCACCAAGGCUGUAGCCGCCUCCAAGGAGCGCAGCGGCGUGUCCCUGGCCGCGCUCAAGAAGGCGCUGGCGGCCGCCGGCUACGAUGUGGAGAAGAACAACAGCCGCAUCAAGCUGGGGCUCAAGAGCCUGGUGAGCAAGGGCACCCUGGUGCAGACCAAGGGCACCGGCGCCUCCGGCUCCUUCAAGCUCAACAAGAAGGCGGCUUCCGGCGAGGCCAAGCCCAAAGCCAAGAAGGCAGGCGCGGCCAAGGCUAAGAAGCCCGCGGGCGCAGCCAAGAAGCCCAAGAAGGCUGCGGGAACAGCCACUCCCAAGAAGAGCACCAAGAAGACCCCAAAGAAGGCGAAGAAGCCAGCUGCAGCUGCAGGAGCCAAAAAAGCUAAGAGCCCGAAGAAGGCGAAAGCAGCUAAGCCCAAGAAGGCGCCCAAGAGCCCUGCCAAGGCGAAAGCGGUGAAGCCUAAGGCGGCCAAGCCAAAAACCGCCAAGCCUAAGGCAGCUAAGCCAAAGAAAACCGCAGCCAAGAAGAAGUAAAUUUUCUUUGGCCGACUGCUUAGAAGCCCAACAACCCAAAGGCUCUUUUCAGAGCCACCCACAAAUCUCAGUAAAAAGAGCUGUUGCGCAUUUGGUGGGGGCGUGGCUAGGGUGGGGACGCUGGCGAGUGGGCUGGGCUUCGGGAGACAUACAGGGCAAGGGGUAUCAGGGUGUAUGUAAGUGGGGUUUGGGAGUUAGCUGGCAUGGUGACGCCACGUCUGUAUUUAGUUCAUUUCAUGUACGGCUACGUAAGUAGUAAAAUUUAGACACGAGAGCGUGAGGCAGUAAGAGUGAAGUGGUUUAAUCCUAGGUGCCACGCUGACAGGCAGUAAACUUUGAAGGAGGUAACAAUUUAGGGUGGUCGGAUCGUUAGCAAUGAAAAGCUCUUCCGCUCAGUAAGCUACACAGCCUAGCAACCGCCGCCUAAAUUUCCUCGCAGUUCUCACUGGUGAGUCACCCACAGAAACAGCGUGCCCUUAGAAACUUCCGUAUUUCCCACAUUUAACAGCGAUCGUACUUGAAUAGGUUAGCUAUAGCAAAUUUGUGCAGUUUAGUUUGUACUUCCUGAUUGGUGAAUGCGAAGUGACAAGGCAGCCAAUGAGAGAGUAGACCUUCAAGUGCCGUGUACGUUCCUAUUCGUGACGAAACACUAAAACUAAUCCAAUCCUGAAGGAAAUCUUAUUAACCUCAUUUGAAUACUGCGUAAUGUAAAUGGUUGUGGUGUGUAACUGGUGGCGGGAUGUUUAUUUUUCCAAAUGUGUGUUUAGGGUUCCUGUUGGAGGGAGUUAGAAUUUUGUACAAUGAAUG